AUGUGGUUGAGGCAGAGUGAGGAGGAGGAGGUGAGGGAAGCCAAGUCCUGCCGCGGCGGCUGCUGGCCUGCCUCUGCAUUAGGCUGCCAGGAGGCCGCAGGUCCAGGAGGACCAGCAGCAUCGGGCGACAAAGCAUCGGGCGACAAAGCAUCGGGCGACAAAGCAUCGGGCGACAAAGCAUCGGGCGACAAAGCAUCGGGCGACAAAGCAUCGGGCGACAAAGCAUCGGGCGACAAAGCAUCGGGCGACAAAGCAUCGGGCGACAAAGCAUCGGGCGACAAAGCAUCGGGCGACAAAGCAUCGGGCGACAAAGCAUCGGGCGACAAAGCAUCGGGCGACAAAGCAUCGGGCGACAAAGCAUCGGGCGACAAAGCAUCGGGCGACAAAGCAUCGGGCGACAAAGCAUCGGGCGACAAAGCAUCGGGCGACAAAGCAUCGGGCGACAAAGCAUCGGGCGACAAAGCAUCGGGAGACAAAGCAUCGGGAGACAAAGCAUCGGGAGACAAAGCAUCGGGAGACAAAGCAUCGGGAGACAAAGCAUCGGGAGACAAAGCAUCGGGAGACAAAGCAUCGGGAGACAAAGCAUCGGGAGACAAAGCAUCGGGAGACAAAGCAUCGGGAGACAAAGCAUCGGGAGACAAAGCAUCGGGAGACAAAGCAUCGGGAGACAAAGCAUCGGGAGACAAAGCAUCGGGAGACAAAGCAUCGGGAGACAAAGCAUCGGGAGACAAAGCAUCGGGAGACAAAGCAUCGGGAGACAAAGCAUCGGGAGACAAAGCAUCGGGAGACAAAGCAUCGGGAGACAAAGCAUCGGGAGACAAAGCAUCGGGAGACAAAGCAUCGGGAGACAAAGCAUCGGGAGACAAAGCAUCGGGAGACAAAGCAUCGGGAGACAAAGCAUCGGGAGACAAAGCAUCGGGAGACAAAGCAUCGGGAGACAAAGCAUCGGGAGACAAAGCAUCGGGAGACAAAGCAUCGGGAGACAAAGCAUCGGGAGACAAAGCAUCGGGAGACAAAGCAUCGGGAGACAAAGCAUCGGGAGACAAAGCAUCGGGAGACAAAGCAUCGGGAGACAAAGCAUCGGGAGACAAAGCAUCGGGAGACAAAGCAUCGGGAGACAAAGCAUCGGGAGACAAAGCAUCGGGAGACAAAGCAUCGGGAGACAAAGCAUCGGGAGACAAAGCAUCGGGAGACAAAGCAUCGGGAGACAAAGCAUCGGGAGACAAAGCAUCGGGAGACAAAGCAUCGGGAGACAAAGCAUCGGGAGACAAAGCAUCGGGAGACAAAGCAUCGGGAGACAAAGCAUCGGGAGACAAAGCAUCGGGAGACAAAGCAUCGGGAGACAAAGCAUCGGGAGACAAAGCAUCGGGAGACAAAGCAUCGGGAGACAAAGCAUCGGGAGACAAAGCAUCGGGAGACAAAGCAUCGGGAGACAAAGCAUCGGGAGACAAAGCAUCGGGAGACAAAGCAUCGGGAGACAAAGCAUCGGGAGACAAAGCAUCGGGAGACAAAGCAUCGGGAGACAAAGCAUCGGGAGACAAAGCAUCGGGAGACAAAGCAUCGGGAGACAAAGCAUCGGGAGACAAAGCAUCGGGAGACAAAGCAUCGGGAGACAAAGCAUCGGGAGACAAAGCAUCGGGAGACAAAGCAUCGGGAGACAAAGCAUCGGGAGACAAAGCAUCGGGAGACAAAGCAUCGGGAGACAAAGCAUCGGGAGACAAAGCAUCGGGAGACAAAGCAUCGGGAGACAAAGCAUCGGGAGACAAAGCAUCGGGAGACAAAGCAUCGGGAGACAAAGCAUCGGGAGACAAAGCAUCGGGAGACAAAGCAUCGGGAGACAAAGCAUCGGGAGACAAAGCAUCGGGAGACAAAGCAUCGGGAGACAAAGCAUCGGGAGACAAAGCAUCGGGAGACAAAGCAUCGGGAGACAAAGCAUCGGGAGACAAAGCAUCGGGAGACAAAGCAUCGGGAGACAAAGCAUCGGGAGACAAAGCAUCGGGAGACAAAGCAUCGGGAGACAAAGCAUCGGGAGACAAAGCAUCGGGAGACAAAGCAUCGGGAGACAAAGCAUCGGGAGACAAAGCAUCGGGAGACAAAGCAUCGGGAGACAAAGCAUCGGGAGACAAAGCAUCGGGAGACAAAGCAUCGGGAGACAAAGCAUCGGGAGACAAAGCAUCGGGAGACAAAGCAUCGGGAGACAAAGCAUCGGGAGACAAAGCAUCGGGAGACAAAGCAUCGGGAGACAAAGCAUCGGGAGACAAAGCAUCGGGAGACAAAGCAUCGGGAGACAAAGCAUCGGGAGACAAAGCAUCGGGAGACAAAGCAUCGGGAGACAAAGCAUCGGGAGACAAAGCAUCGGGAGACAAAGCAUCGGGAGACAAAGCAUCGGGAGACAAAGCAUCGGGAGACAAAGCAUCGGGAGACAAAGCAUCGGGAGACAAAGCAUCGGGAGACAAAGCAUCGGGAGACAAAGCAUCGGGAGACAAAGCAUCGGGAGACAAAGCAUCGGGAGACAAAGCAUCGGGAGACAAAGCAUCGGGAGACAAAGCAUCGGGAGACAAAGCAUCGGGAGACAAAGCAUCGGGAGACAAAGCAUCGGGAGACAAAGCAUCGGGAGACAAAGCAUCGGGAGACAAAGCAUCGGGAGACAAAGCAUCGGGAGACAAAGCAUCGGGAGACAAAGCAUCGGGAGACAAAGCAUCGGGAGACAAAGCAUCGGGAGACAAAGCAUCGGGAGACAAAGCAUCGGGAGACAAAGCAUCGGGAGACAAAGCAUCGGGAGACAAAGCAUCGGGAGACAAAGCAUCGGGAGACAAAGCAUCGGGAGACAAAGUAUCGGGAGAUAAAGUAUUGGGAGAUAAAGUAUUGAGAGAUGUGCAAUCAAACAAUGCUGGAGGCACAGUUAACAUUCCUUUUUAUGUCCUAAAAGACUGUGGGGCGUAG